AUGCAAGCCACCACCCAGUCCGAAAGCUCUUCUGUGGAGAAGCGACCGCUGUCAAAGAGGGAGAAGAAAAAUCUCGCUGUGAAAACAAGUGAAGAAGAAAGAAGAGAAAUUGCCGCAACGAAUGGGAAUCAGAGAGUGAAGAGAAAGAAGAAGAAGCAGAAAUUGGAGUCGGUGGAAAGAGAGAAGAGGGAGGGAGAAAAAUUGGUUGGUGGGAUGGGAAUGUUGGCGAUGGAGGAGAAGAAAGUGAAGAUGAGUGGAGCUGUGUUUGACGGAUAUUGGGAGAAGAGAGCGAUUGAUUGGGGAUAG